CGUGGCGUCAAAGUGGAAAAAGUGACAGUGAUUGGCGCUAAUUCCCCAGCGGUGACAUCAUCUCCCCUGGUGAGCUGUGAUUGGCUGACGGACUCGGCCAAUCGCAGCUCGCGCAAACGGGAAGCGUUUAAAAAAGAGGCAAAAGUCUCGCAGCACAUGAAGCGCAGGUCCACUGCACACAGCUCCGCCGGAACCGGGACGCCGCCGCCUCCAUCCUUCCACUCCAGCUCGCGUCUGUCAACAGAGAUGUCCACGCACUUCCGGAGCGGCCCUGCGUUCGGGCUGUCCGCCGAGGUCAAGAGUAAGCUGGCGGGGAAGUACGACCCUCGUAAGGAGGAGGAGCUGAGGUUGUGGAUGGAGGACCUGACGGGCAAGAGGAUGGGCGAGAACUUCAUGGAGAGCCUGAAGGACGGCGUCCUGCUGUGCGAGCUCAUCAACGUCCUCCAGCCGGGCUCUGUGAGAAAGAUCAACCACUCCAGUCAGAACUGGCACCAGCUGGAGAACAUCGGGAACUUCGUCCGGGCGAUCACCGAGUUCGGACUGAAGCCUCACGACAUCUUCGAGGCCAACGACCUGUUUGAGAACGUCAACCACACUCAGGUCCAGAGCACGCUCAUCGCUCUGGCAGGCAUGGCCAAGUCCAAAGGUUUCCAAUCCAAAUACGACCUGGGAGUGAAGUACGCUGAGAAGCAGCAGCGGCGCUUCGCUCCGGAAAAGCUGCGGGAGGGACGCAACAUCAUCGGCCUGCAGAUGGGCACCAACAAGCUGGCCAGUCAGAAGGGCAUGACCUCCUACGGAACACGCCGUCAUCUGUACGACUCCAAGAUCGGCAUGGACAACCCGGAGGACCGGUCCACCAUCUCGCUGCAGAUGGGCACCAACAAGGGGGCCAGCCAGGCCGGGAUGACGGCCCCUGGCACCAGGAGACACAUCUUCGACAAGAAGCUGGAGCUGGAGAACUGCGACACGUCCACCAUCUCGCUGCAGAUGGGCACCAACAAAGUGGCGUCCCAGCAGGGCAUGACCACCUACGGGCUCCCGCGGCAGGUCUUCGACAACAAGUACUGCACCAACCCCACCGAGGCCUUCUACGACAACGGCGGCGAGGUGGACUUCGACGGCUACAACCAGUACUCCGACUGACCGGCUCCACCUCCCUCCCACUCCAGACGGUGAACUGCCAGACUCUUAUUUAACGUUGUUUUUAACUCCAAACACAUCUGCGGUUCGAAGAUGUGGCCAGCUAGAUUAAUAUAUUGGAGCACAAAAACGCCCCGAAGCCGAGCUCUUCUCUGUAUAGUUUUUUAACUUUCACUUUUUUUUUUUUUUUUUAAACAAGUCAGACGCAGGUUCGGAAUGUUCUGGUGCUCAUGACCCACUUUCAGAAUCUUUUCGGGAUUCCCUCGAAGUCCCCGAAGCGAGAAUAAACUUCCGUAAUAUGCUGUAACCAUCAGAAUUUACAGCUGCAGAUGCUUGGUUGCCAUCUUCAGGCCGAUACGAACACUGCAUCAUAAAUGACGAGAAAGUGUGGCACGUUUCAAAACUCUGCUUUGCUUUGUUUUUGUGGGAAGAAAUUUGCCGUUCUACCUUAUAAAAUCAAUUGAGUGACCUCAAAGUGAUGUACACUCAUGGGUUCAUUACUUUAAAAUAAGGACGUUAUAUCAAUUGAAUUCACCUGGCGACACCAUCUAAUUCUUGACCCCCGAAAUAUUCCUUCUAUGAUACAUGAGUCCAAAUCUGACUGGUGUGUGUGAACGUCCAUUUUUACCAAAGAGUUAUUGGUGUUCAACUGCCGCACAAGAGCCUUCUGAGCCAAAACUGCUCAUGUGAUGCAGAAGGUUCCAGAUUGAAGUGCCACUUUUCAUAGUGUUUUUAGAGAUAUUCCAGCCAUAACAAUAUGCAGCCCGUCUGAAACGUGCUGUUGAAAUUUUGGGGACCGGGGUUCUAAUUAAAGCCAGAAGUGUAAAUAAGUUUGGAAAGUUAUGGUUUCAGAUUAGUGUAUAGACAACAGCUAGGUUUGUCAGAGAUGCUGCGUUCAAGUGCAAUUGGUCACCGACGUUUUAGGAGAAUGGUGAAAGGAAAAGUUCCAUUUUUAUCAUCGCACUGUGAAUUAUUUUGAAGGGGGCUGAUGUGCAGCGGGGAUUGAACGGAAGGUGGACGUUUGAAGGUUUACGAGGUCAGUGAACGCACCACUGGGGGGUUUUCGAUGUUUUGACCGCUUCAUGAAAUGCUUUGAACACAGCUGUGAAACAUUGAUUCAACUUUUAUCAUUUUAAAUUUGCGUUCAGCGUCUAAUGCUCCAGUGCACCAAAAUUCCUUCAGCAAGUGCCAGUGAAUGCAUCAGUACCAAGAAAAGUCAAAGUCAGUGAUUGACAGCCUUUCUGUUUACAUUGUUUUUACAUAUAAUAAAAGUGUUGCGAAUCAUAAAAUGACCUUUAAGAUGUUUUGCUACGAUCUAGUCGUUUUGAGUCCAGCCUCAGUGUGACAAAGGAAUUUUGGCGAUGAACAAUUUCAACAAAUGUUUGACCUUUUUAUUUUGAAUUUUACUGAAUAUGACAUUUGUGCAAUAAAAUACUUAAAAACCAGCGUUUUUUCUCAUU